CGCAGCUGCAGGAGUCGCUGGGAGUGCGCGCGGGCAGAUCACAAGGCGGCGGCAGCGGAGACGGCCUGCAGGACCCGCUCUCUCAGCCCUCAUCUGAGGCCUACGCCCGAACCGAGCGCGCAGCCGACGACCAGGAGCCGCAGCCUUCAUCUCUGAGGUACUGUGCUCCGCGCUGCCCGCCGGGCCGCCCCAGUCCGCUGCCGAGGCGCCUCCUUCCCUCGCGCCCCUCUUCUGCUCACCAGCGCCUUCCCUGUGAGCCUGCGUCACCGCGGCCGCCAUGGCUGAGAACGGCGAGAGCAGCGGCCCCCCGCGCCCCUCCCGCGGCCCUGCUGCGGCCCCAGGCGCGGCCAGCCCGCCGGCCGCCGAGCCCAAAAUUAUCAAAGUCACUGUGAAGACCCCCAAGGAGAAGGAGGAGUUCGCGGUGCCCGAGAACAGCACCGUGAAGCAGUUCAAGGAAGCGAUUUCGAAACGGUUCAAAUCGCAACUCGAUCAGCUCGUGCUGAUUUUCGCCGGCAAAAUCCUGAAAGAUCAAGAUACCUUGAUGCAGCAUGGCAUCCAUGAUGGACUGACGGUUCACCUGGUUAUCAAAAACCAGAACCGUCCGCAGGGCCAGGGCCAGGGCCAGGGCCAGGGCCAGGGCCAGGGCCAGGCCACCACGCAGCCCUGCACCACUGCGGGAACAUGCACAAGGACCACGACCACCACCACAGCGGCGAGGCCAGCGGCGACGACCACCUCAUCAGCUCCCAGGAGUAACAACGCACCUACUACCACAAACAGCAGCUCCUUUGGGCUGGGAAGCCUUUCCAACAUUAGUAGCCUGAACACGAAUUCGUCCAACCUCAACGAGCUUCAGAACCAGAUGCAUCAGCACCUCAUGUCCAGCCCUGAGAUGAUGAUCCAGAUCAUGGAAAAUCCCUUUGUUCAGAGCAUGCUUUCGAAUCCUGAUCUGAUGAGGCAGCUCAUCAUGGCCAAUCCACAGAUGCAACAAUUGAUCCAGAGAAACCCAGAGAUCAGCCAUCUACUGAACAACCCAGAUAUCAUGAGGCAGACGCUGGAAAUCGCCAGGAAUCCUGCCAUGAUGCAAGAGAUGAUGAGAAAUCAAGACCUGGCUCUCAGUAAUCUCGAAAGCAUCCCAGGUGGCUACAAUGCUCUGCGGCGCAUGUACACUGACAUUCAAGAGCCCAUGCUGAAUGCCGCACAGGAGCAGUUUGGGGGCAAUCCCUUUGCCACAACGGGGAGCAAUUCCACCUCGGGGGAAGGUACUCAGCCUUCCCGCACGGAGAAUCGGGAUCCGCUGCCCAAUCCUUGGGCACCCCCGUCAACUACCCAGACGGCAGCGACGACCACCACCACCACGACCACAAGCAGUAGCAGGAGCUCCCGCAGGAGCGCCAACCCCGCGAACACCAUGGCUGCAGCUAGUUAUGUGGCUAGCAUCUUCAGCACCCCAGGAAUGCAGAGCCUGCUGCAGCAGAUAACCGAGAAUCCCCAGAUGAUUCAGGGUAUGCUGUCUGCUCCCUACAUGAGAAGCAUGAUGCAGUCGCUGAGCCAGAAUCCAGAUAUGGCUGCCCAGAUGAUGCUGAGUAGCCCGCUCUUCACUGCGAAUCCUCAGCUGCAGGAGCAGAUGCGUCCACAGCUCCCGAAUUUCGUGCAGCAGGUGCAGAAUCCAGAACCCAUCUCUGCCGCGUCAAACCCGAGAGCGAUGCAAGCGCUACUGCAGAUCCAGCAGGGGCUACAGACUCUAGCCACUGAAGCGCCUGGCCUCAUUCCAAGCUUUGGUCCAGGUGUGGGGAUGGGAGUGCUGGGAACUGCCAUCACCCCUGUGGGCCCAGUCACUCCCAUAGGGCCCAUCGGCCCUAUCGUUCCUUUCACCCCCAUAGGCCCCAUCGCGCCUAUAGGACCCACCGGCCCUGCCAGCACCCCUGGCUCCACCGGCACCGGGAUCCCGCCUGCAACCACUGUGACCAGCUCUGCACCUACUGAAACCAUAAUUCCAACCUCGGAAUCUGGACCCAACCAGCAGUUCAUUCAGCAAAUGGUGCAGGCCCUCACUGGAGGAAGCCCUCCACAGCCGCCGAAUCCUGAAGUGAGAUUUCAGCAGCAACUGGAACAGCUCAACGCCAUGGGGUUCUUAAACCGCGAAGCAAACUUGCAGGCCCUAAUAGCAACAGGAGGCGACAUCAACGCUGCCAUUGAGAGGCUGCUGGGCUCUCAGCCAUCCUAAUUACGUUUCUGUACCUUGAAAAAAAUGUAUCUUAUUUUUGAUAAUGGCUCUUAAAUCUUUAAACACACAAAUUCGUGCUUUACUUUUAUUUUGAUUCUUUUAAAUCUGUCUACUUAUAGGAUGCAUUUUAAGGUGGAGUCCCUCCCUUCCCUUCCUGCUGCUCCU